AUGUCGUCGACUCGGAGAGUGCCUCUCUCGAGCAAUCCUAAUGCCGCCAAUUCCCCCCUCCGCGCACCACCUCUGUACUCACUCCAGGCCAACAAGAAGCCCCGUUCCCAUGCCGAACUUAUGCGCGAGGAGGCCUAUGGACAGCCGCCUCCGGCAAAGCGUCAGAUGGUCGACCUGGGCAUCCAACGCUCGACCGUCUCUCCGUCGCGCGCGAGGCCGGCUAGGACCAUCGUGCACCGCGCUGUCUCCAAAGCCUCAGCACUAGGCACAGCAGCGGCAGAACGGGCCGCUCAGAACGCCCCGGCGUGCAAGCCCUCGGAGAAGGAGCUCGAUAACAUUCGCCAAUGGCGGACGCAGAUUCGUGCUCGCUUCCCUAAGAUGGUGUUCUACUUUGAGAGCAUCUCCGACGAGCAACGCUCUAAACUUGCCAAGCAGGUGACGCAACUAGGUGCUCGCGAAGAAAAGUUCUUCUCCAUCAACAUCACCCAUGUUGUCACGACCCGGCCGAUCCCUCCCGCAAAGGCGAAUAGGGACGAGAACGAACCCGCGGCUGACGGCCAUGCGAGCGUCGAGCAGCUCAAGACAAUCGAUCCGUCUCUUCUUAACCGGACGGCAGAUCUAGGCAUACCGUCGACGUCGACGACCUCGGUCAGGAGGAAGCUGCUCUUCGAUACUGCCUCGAAUCGGAGGAUCCCCUUGCAGGCUCAAGAAGAUGCUAUCAAACGCCCCAAGGCACGUAACACGGACGUCCUGCACCGUGCUCGCGAGAUGGACAAAAGGAUAUGGUCACUGGAGAAGCUGCAGAAGAUUCUAGACAUGGUCCAGGAGCCAGACCCGUAUAAAAGCGCGGUACUGGGUCAGUGCCGUGGGACCUCGCAAGGCGGCCCCAACGCCAAAGCAGCGGAGCAGUCCAACUUGCUCCAGCUUCUUCAGAACGAGCGUUUCCAUGGGCCGUCGGACCGAGAUCCUACCGUGGCCAGCAAGGACCUCCAUAUCUUUAAGGGUCCUUAUAUCUAUGUGUACGAUGUAGAGGAGAAGUUGAAGCCCAUCAUGGUCAGAGAGUACGCCAAGGUCGCGGACAAAAAAUACGGCGAGUGGCCCCAGUUUCGGGUCGCUUCCCAAGGACGCUGUCCAUUCGUCGAGGACGAACCUGUGGAUAGGGAGAACCGUGUGCAAACACGGACCAAAGAGCGAGCUGCAAAGGCCGCCGUCGAGGUUGCUGCGCCGAGCCUAAAGCCCCCCCAAGUUGAGCCCCCGAAGCCCGUCACGGGAAAGCGAACUCUGGCAGAGAUGGAAGAGGCACAGCAUCGAGUUGCCCCGGUAGCUGUCAUGACUGCUGCUGAACCGUUUGACCACGUCAAACUUUCCAAUGCUCCCUCGCUGGAUUUCAGGACCCAGAAUGCAUUCAGGAGCCACGCAAAGACUGGGCGUUUUCUGGCGGGAGAGCCCGUCGCGUCUGGUGUGCAGCCGUCGAAUGUGACGUCGGCAAUCCGCUCUCAGAUGAUUUCAUCUACCACGGGCGUGCUUGGAGCCAAAGCCGGCACGAGCAAGGAGAUACACGGACUCCAGCGCAAGGUGCUGCAAAAAGCCAGCACGCCCGCGGUAUCUCAGGACUUGAGCUCUCGUCGGCUGGCGGAGAUGAGCCAUGAUAGCAACACGUUCAUCUGGUCUGCAAGCCUUGGCAGGGCGACGCAUCGGAAACUAGAUGCGGUCGAUGAAGACGAGUCGGCGCAGCAAAAGGCCAAGCUCCGGAGGACGGCGAGUGUCCCUGUUCCCCAAGCCAAGCAGAAGGCGCGUGACCCCAAGCCGGGUUACUGCGAGAACUGCCAGGACAAGUUUGAGGAUUUUGAUGAUCACAUCGUUUCUCGCAAGCACCGGAAGUUCGCGGAUAACAACGAUAAUUGGGCCCAGCUCGACGCUCUCCUCAGCCAGCUGACGCGCGUGCCUCGCUACCAACAUGAAGAAGAAGACGAAUGGUAA